CGGCAAAGCUAUCGCACCUUCUUCUCCCGCCAUACAAAACUUCCCUCCUCGCCAAUUAAAAGGGAGAAUUGUUUUCACAAUUUCAAUUCGGCAGACUCAAGCAUUGGAUAUUAAGAUGACACGGUCGCUCCCUUAGGGAUAUAUCACACCUACACCUAGGUAACCUACGAAGAAGACAAUGUCGCGCCUCCUCGCUUCUCGAUCGUCCGGUCCCGCACUCCGAAACCUCAGUAUACCUAGACUCCCGGUUCGGACGGCCUCGCCACGCAUAAUAUGUGCAUAUACGUACGUGGGCAGAAGCGGCGUAAGGCUAUACGCCACGGAGAGUAAGGAUGGAAAGGGAAAAAAAGAGACAUUCCAAGGCCAGAUGCUAGAGAGCAUUAGCUCGCGCAUUGCGCGAGAGAAGGCGGAGCGCGAAAAGUAUGCCAAACAGCAGCAGGAGUCUGCGGCGUCGAGGCAGUGGGCUGUGACGUUCGUCGUGCUCGCUGCGGCCGGUGUAUCGUAUUAUCUAGGCACCCAAGCGCCUCGCGACCCAGAACCUACAUCGACGCUCCCACUUUCCCAGAUCCGCGACCCGAAAUACCAGACCGACAAGGCGAACCUCGAGGCCGCGUGGGCGGACUUCUCGGCUAUCGUGGGCAAGGAGAAUGUGAGUACGGUGGAGGACGACCUGCAUACACAUGCCAAUUCCGAUUGGUCGAGCUAUCGCAAUGAGGAGUCGCAGAAACCGUUCAUGGUGGUUUAUCCCAGUUCGACGGAUGAAGUCAGCUCGAUUAUGAAGAUCUGCCAUACGAGACGGAUACCGGUGGUUGGAUACAGCGGCGGUACGAGUCUGGAAGGGCACUUUACGCCGACUAGGGGAGGCAUAUGUAUCGAUUUCAGGAGGAUGGACAAAAUUAUUGCACUGCAUAAGGAAGAUCUAGAUGUCGUCGUACAACCGGCUGUUGGGUGGGAGCUACUCAAUGAAGUGAUUGGCAAAGAUAAUCUAUUCUUCCCGCCUGACCCAGGCCCGGGUGCUCAGAUCGGGGGUAUGAUCGGUACGGGAUGCAGCGGUACAAAUUCCUACCGCUACGGCACUAUGAGAGAAUGGGUUCUCUCGCUCACCGUUGUGUUGGCUGACGGCACUGUAAUCAAGACCCGCCAACGACCGCGGAAGAGCUCUGCGGGCUACGAUCUAACCAAGCUUUUUAUUGGAAGCGAAGGUACUCUAGGGCUCGUUACAGAAGCAACACUAAAACUGACCACAAAGCCUGCAAGCACAAGUGUAGCGGUCUGCGGUUUUGGCACAAUUCGACAAGCUGCUGAUUGCGUCGCCAAGGUUGUCGGCCAAGGCGUCCCAGUCGCAGCCGUCGAGAUCCUGGAUGAGGAGCAGAUGAAAUGUAUCAACCAAGCAGGCAUGACAGCGAAACAAUGGAAGGAGGUACCCACGCUCUUCUUCAAGUUCUCCGGUACAGACCGCGGCGUCAAGGAGCAGAUCCAGAUCGUGCAGGAGAUGGCGCGGCAGACGGGGAGCAAGAGCUUCGAGUUCGCGCGCUCUGAGCAGGAGAAGGCGGAGCUGUGGAGCGCGAGAAAAGAGGCUCUUUGGAGCACUAUGGCGGUCGCGAAGCCCGGCGAGCGAGUUUGGACAGGCGACGUGGCGGUUCCGAUGAGUCGGUUGCCGUUGCUAAUCGAGGAGACCAAGGACGAUAUGAAGAAGAGUGGGAUGUAUGGUACUAUUGUUGGACACGUCGGUGACGGCAACUUCCAUAUUAUCUUACUUUCGAAUGACGAGCAGAGACAUGCCGCUGAGGAAUUGGUACACCGUAUGGUGAAGAGGGCUGUUGAAUUGGAAGGGACUGUUACGGGUGAACAUGGAGUCGGCCUAGUCAAGAGGGACUACCUACCUCAUGAACUUGGCGAGAGCACAGUCGACACUAUGAGAAAGAUCAAGCAAGCGCUUGACCCACUCUGCCUCCUUAACGCCGACAAAGUUGUCCGCGUACAAAAACCGAAGCCCGGCGAGAUUCCCGAAUGGUGAUCCUACGCUUCUUAUUGAAAUGUGUAUAGUCGAGAUCAUGGCAAUUAUGGUUUCAUCAAUCCGUAUAUACCUUUUUCCCACCUACCUACUGUCUACAACAUAAAAGUUUUCCGAAG